AAAGCGGAAGUGGUUGGAGACAAUUUGACAUUACAAGAAUUUUUUGUUUUUGGUUUUGCAAUUUGUGUUUGCCCAAUGCGAAAUAUGAAUAAUAAUAUGGCCUUUAAUAAUAAGGCUUGGGGAAGAUCAAAUAAUUCCUCAAACUUAAUGAAUCAGAACACCCUACAACCACAAUUGAUGAACCAAGCUGGUUUGGGUAAUAUGGUUCAAUUUCCAGGUAACCAACAAGUUUUUCAAAAUGCUAUGGGUCUCCAACAACAAAAUAUAGGAUUGGGACUUCAGCAAAUGGCUAAUAGUGCUAUCAACGCUGCAGCUUCGUUAAAUUCCCAAAUAGCAAAUAACCCUAUAUUUCAGCAAGUUACGUAUCCAAAUGCAAGAGGUUUAAAUCCGACUGCUUUUCAGACGAAUGUCCCAAUACAAAAUAAUCAAAACAAUUCGGGUUCAGGAAAACAAAGAGUUUUCACUGGAAAAGUUACUCAGAUGCAUGACAACUUUGGUUUAGUUGACGAAGAAGUCAUGUUUCAAAUGAAUGUUUGUGCAAAAGGAUCACAUCCUUUAGUAGGGGAUCGCGUUCUUGUAGAAGCGCAAUAUACUCCUAAUAUGCCGUUUAAGUGGAAUGCAAGCCGUAUCCAAGUUCUUUCAGGUGGCUCACAUUCAAGACACUCAAAAAAUUUUGGUAACAAUUAUUCCAUGAACCAGUCAGAUGGAAGAAGUGGAAGAAGGAGAGAUGGAAAAGGUAGGGAAAGAUCGCGAGAAAGGGAUAGAGACGAUGAUGAGAUAGAGCGUAAGAGAAGAAGGGAAGAUAGGAUAAGAGAAAAAGAAAAAGAGGAAAGGAGGUCGCCUAUAAGAAAAAGAACUAAAUCAAGAUCUAGAUCACCGAAAGGAAUGAGAAGAAGGGCUAGGAUUAUUCCAAGAUACAUGGUUCAGGUUCCUAAAAUUAAUUUAGAUCUGGAUAGUGGUGAUGUUCUUGAAUUGAAAAGAAGAUAUAAGAAUAUGUACAUUCCUUCUGACUUUUUCUACACAAAUAUCAAAUGGGUAGAGUCCUUCCCUGCUGAUAAACCAUUUGCAAUUAAUAAACCUUGUUCAUUCCACGUAAUGAGCAAAGACGUCGAAUCAGUGACAGAAAAUCCAGUUACAGAAGUAACAGACUCUGAUUAUCUAUUUUCUGCUAAAAUAAUGUUAAUGAGCACUCCUGGAUUAGAAGAAAUGUAUCAAAAAUGUUGUGCUCUUGCAGAAAAUAAGGAUGUAGAUGAUAAAGAUUAUGUACAUCCAACGAGGCUGAUCAAUUUUUUAGUAGGCCUGAGAGGAAAGAAUGAAACAAUGGCAAUCGGUGGUGCUUGGAGUCCUUCUUUGGAUGGAGAAAAUCCUGAGAAGGAUCCGAGUGUUUUAAUCAGGACAGCAAUAAGGACGUGUAAAUCUUUAAUAGGAAUUGAUCUUUCUAAUUGUACACAAUGGUACCGUUUCUUGGAACUGUAUUACCGUCGGAGCGAGUCUACCCACAAGGGGAAGACCAUUCCUGCCCGUGUCGAAACCGUCGUGAUCUUUCUACCAGACGUUUGGAGUUGCUUACCAACCAGGUUGGAGUGGGAAGGUCUCCACAACGCCUACAGGAAGCAGUUUGAGAGAAUUGUGAACCAAUGUGAAACAACGUCUGCCGGUGAUACUUCUUCUACUGGUGUUGCUGCUGCUAAUUCUGCUGCGACUGCUGAGGCCAGUGAUGACAUGUCAUCAACAGCUGAUGAAAAGGAAGAAGAAUCACUGGAUAAAAUAGAACCAACUCAUUAUUCUCAAUUAGAUCCAAAGUCUAUGGUCGUUAACGAUUUGAGAAAUGAAUUGAAAGCCAGGAAUAUCAAUUCCAAAGGUUUAAAGUCACAACUAGUGGCUAAAUUGACUAAAGCUUUAAAAGCAGAAGCCGAAAAGAACGAAGACAAUGAUAAAGAAGUUAAAGAAAAAGAAGUUGAAACUGAACCGGAACCAGUAGUUACAGAAAUCAAAAAGGAGCCCGAAGAGAAGAAAAUGGACGAAAAGGAAAAGGCUUUGCUUGAAAAAAGGUACACUCUACCUGAACAACCACACAUUAUAAUCCAUCCGUCAAAAACUGCAAAAUCAGGCAAAUUUGACUGUACUACCAUGUCAUUAUCUCUUCUCCUGGACUAUAGACCUGAGGAUUCGAAGGAACAUUCCUUCGAAGUGUCCUUAUUUGCAGAACUAUUUAAUGAAAUGUUGAGCAGAGAUUUUGGAUUCAACAUAUAUAAAUCUCUCUACAGACUACCAGAAAAAAAGGAAGAAAAAAAAGAAGAGAAGAAAGAUAAAAACGAAGGCGAAGGUGAAAAAAUGGAUAGUGAACCUACAGACGAAUCAAAUAAUACUGAAAUCAACAAAGAGUCUACUGAAAAAAAAGACAAUGUUGAAGAAGGAAAAGAUGAUGAUAAAAAACCCGAUAAGGAAAAGAAACCUAAUGGAGAGAAAAAGAAACAGGAAACCGACGACGAAAGCGAAAAAAGCGAUAAAAAAAGAGAACGAGAAAAAAAGAAAAAAGAUAAAAUUAAAUUAUAUACUAAAGAUAAACAUUUACUUUUAUCUUUUGUUUAUUUCGAUCAAACCCAGUGCGGAUAUAUUUUCGAUAAAGAUAUGGAAGAUUUAUUGUAUACUUUGGGAUUGAAACAAUCCAGAGCCCAAAUUAAAAAGCUAAUAAGCAAAGUUAUUGUAAGAGAUUCGUUACACUACAGAAAAUUAACCGACAAAGCUAAAGACGGAGAAGAAGAAGCACAAGAAGAACCUCUCAAGGAAAUUUGCUUAUCGCAAGUUGCUUUGGGUAACAGAAACCUGUUGCCAAUUUUUAUAAACGAUCAAAAAACCAAAUCUGUUAAAGAUCAACCCGGCAAAUCUCCACCAACUUCUGCAGACGGUUUUGUAAAAUUCAGAGGCUCGAUAGUCGACGUCGGUAAACUUCUAGAGCAAUUAGAACGCAGUGAACAAGCAAGAAUUGAAACCGAAGUCCGUCUUACGGAAAUUAAAAAUGAAAAUCAAAAGCUUUCAGAUAAAUAUCACAAAUCUAAUUCAACAAUCAAACAUCUCAAUUCGGAGGUGAGAGAUUAUAGAGACAAACUUCGCACUUCGGAAGAUGUUUUAAGCAAAGUUACAUCUCAUUCUAAACUGUACCAUCAAGCGUUGAUCGAUAUCAAAGAUACUAUUGAACCAGUAUUAAGAAGUACAUCGCACAAAGAAGACAAGAAAGACAGAGACGACAGAGAUAAAAAACAGGAGGUCGAAAAGUCGCGAUGGGAAAAGGACCGAGAACAUGUACACUGUAAAAAAGACGAAAAGGAUAGAGAAAAAGAAAAGGAGAAAGAUAAGACUUCUAAUGUGGAAGUACAGGAAACUAAAAGUGAAGAAGUGAAAGUAAAGGCGGAAGAAACGAAGGAAGUAAAAUCGGAAGAAACCGAUACAAAGAUGGAGGAUAAUUAAAUUAUUAUAUUAAUUACAAUUAUAAUUUGUUUUAGUUAUAGAAGAGCACUUUUAAUUUUGUGGUGUGAAAAUAAA